CCAGUAUCUCCAGUUCCUCCAGUAUCUCCAGUAUCUCCAGUUUCUCCAGUUCCUCCAGUAUCUCCAGUUCCUCCAGUAUCUCCAGUAUCUCCAGUAUCUCCAGUUCCUCCAACCCCAGCAGAUAAAGACUGGGUUCCCGCCAUCUUCAGAAGUUUUACAGCGACUCCUCCAUUGUUGGAUGCCUCAACAAAGACAACAGGGAGGAAGACUGAUGGAGAGCUUCGUCACACGGUGCCAAAACAAUCACCUGAAGCUCAAUAUCAGCAAGACCAAAGAGCUGAUGGUGGACUACCAGAGGAACAGGAAGCCCCUCACCACAGUUAUCAUCCAAGGAGAGGAAGUGGAGAUAUGUUUCCACUUUAUAUAUUUCUAUUAUUUAUUAGUCUGAUGUGCCAUGCUUGCUGACUCUAAUCAACUUUACAAACUCUACACAUCUCAUACUUAACUUUUACUUUUCUCUAUUUAUCUGUAUUUCUUUCUGUCUUUCUGUAGCUGCAACAAGCACAUUUCUCCUCUGGGAAUCAAGAAAGGCUUAUCUUAUUUCACUGCAGAACGUUUGUUACCUUUGGUUCAAUUUGGUUUAAUUUAAAGUAAUAAUGGUUAGUACCUACAGAGUCAUUAAGAUAUAACGGCACCGGCAGUACCACUCCAACACAGCAGAGGGCGCUAAAGGCAGCGCGUAAGACCCUCUGGUAAUAUCUGAUUGGUCGAUUCGUGUGCUCCGUUGUCGGCGGUUUGUUUGGAAACGGUACUGCUGCCACCGUGCAAGCUAGACGGAGACAAGUAAUUAAUUGAACUCAAAAACUGUUUUCCAAUACAGCAGCUAAGCUAAAUAUCGAUUACUACUCGCGUAAUAAUGGACGACGCUACGAAACGCUUACUGCAGCGACUCGUAAGACGGAUACCGACCCAGAUACUGAGAACAACGCUAGACAAAUGGGGCCGUUUGACUGCGGCUCAGAAGCAGUCCAUAGAUUUUACUCAACCAAAAUGGGCGUUAACGGAAAGAUUAUUGGCUGUUUGCGAGGAAAAUGAGUGGACAGUUAAACACAUCACAGAGCUGGAGAUGAUUUAUGUCAUUGACAAUCCGAACCAGGGCAUGUGGUAUGCCUUCCAGCUCUUGGACCCUGAAGAUGACGCUUGCUCCGUAGAGCUGACGCAGUUCAAGGAGCAAUUUAAAUCUCACCUCAGUGAGCUUGUGAGACCUGUGUCUGUCAAAAUAAAGAAGCACACGGACGAAGCUGUAUGGAUUCGGAUUGCAUGGGGAGACAGCUUCUCUCGGCCCAACCACCUGAAACCAACAUAUGUUGUUCACCAUCUUCAAACCCCUUAUGUCUUUGUGACCAGCUUGACUUCAAAGCAAAAGCCCCUGUUAUCCCAGGCCUUGGUUCUGUCCACCAGAUAUCAAGCUAUCAAGGAUGCUAACCUCAGUGGACGGAAACUCACUGCCAUUAGGGACCUGCUGAUGAGGCAAUAUCAACAGGUGUUUCCCACUAACUAUCCCAGCCCUCUUGCAGAAAGGAAUCAAACUGUCUCAAACCCGCUCAUAGAAAAAGAACAAGCUCAGCCUGCAGCAAACAGACUUCAGAUGGCCUGUGAGGCGUUUGGUGAUGGGGUGUUACCUCAGCUACAGUCUGCAGUUUACAAGCUGGAGACAAAGUUCAGGGACUACACCAACAAGACCAUGACAGAACGGGAGGAGCCCUUCAGAUGUCACGUCAAAUUUGCAAGCACCAACCUCCUGGAGUCACUCAGACACUGUGCAUCUUCAGGAAUUGCCUCCACCCCUGUCACACCUCUGCUCUCAUCUAUUCCCCUAAAAGGAAGAAAUUAUUUUGUCAUCACAGACAAUGGCCCUGGACCCUCCUCACAAACGCACCAACCAUAGAACUGAAGGGUGACAGAGCCUUGAUUUACAGGACUCGCAGUGUGGCCAUGUCCACUCCACCCAUGGUUUGCUUUUAUCAUUCAUUGAUCUCCUUGUGGGGAAAUAUAUCAAUAGUUGGCGACAGACUAUUUUCUUUCUAUUAUCGUUUGUUUAUGUGGCAGGUUGUUACUGCCAUCAAAUGUUAUAUAUGUCCAAAUUGAAUAUAAAAGCUUGAUUUUUAA